GAGCGAAGGCCGCGUGAGGAGCUUGAUUUCAAACUUGAAGAGCUCGAGGCCGAAACGAGCGAUCACCUCACCCGGCUAGACUGGGUGGAGGAAGCCGUCGUCGACAGAAAAAAAGUCGACAAGGAGUGGAAAAUCUGGAUGAAAGAGGAGCAUGCCAGGCUGUCCCGCGGUCAGGAGGCAGAGUGGCAGGCUCCAGAGCACGAG